UGACACUGUUGACAGCAUUUUUUCCCGCGCUUUUAGUUUACUGUCUACAGAAAUUCUGAUCAUAAUAUAAAAUUUUAUUUGUACUUGUAUCACUCAGUAUCACUUCUUUUCACAUUUCGUUGACCUUUUUAUUAAGAAGUUAAGAAGAAUAGUUAUUCAGAAUGCCUUCUCCCGCACCUUCCCAAGAUGGCUCAAGAACACCUAGACGUUCAGGUAGAAACCCUGGAGGAUCUCAAACUCCGACAAGAAACGAAGAUACUCCAUCCCGUAGAGGCAACGCUACACCCAGAAGGGAAGAAUUACCCACCACCGAUGGAUCUCGGACACCAUCACGUAGAGGCAACGCUACACCAAGAAGAGAGGAUCCUUCUCCUGCUAAAAGCACUGCAUCGUCAGUUAGAACACCAAGAAGGGGACGUAAUACUCCAGCUAAAAGUAUUUCAACAGUCGAUACCCCAAUGCGUUUUGGAGCUCCUAGAAAUGACAUUGAUGCUCAAAGCGAAAUUCCUUCAUCUCCUGCACAUAGUUUAGCGCCCACAAGUCCUGGUACAGGGUUGGCAAUGAGUGAAAUAGAUCUAAGCUCCCCACUCAACUAUGGAACUCCAAGUUCUUUGGGAUCAAUUAGGACGCCAAGAUCAGGUAUUAGAGGCACCCCAAUUCGUAUGAGACCUGAUGUUCGUUCUGAUAAGAGAAUAAGACAAGUCAAUGUAGGAGGAGAUGCAGCUUUGGAAGCCAUACCAGAAACUCAGGAAUCCGAUUCCACUGCUCCACAUUUGGUCAUUUGGGGAACCAAUGUAUCAGUAGCGGAAUGCAAGGAAAAAUUCAAACAGUUCAUUUUGCGUUUUAUCGAUCCCAAUGCGGAAGAAGAUGAAAGAACUGAUGACAUGAAUCUCAAUGAACCUCUAUAUAUUCAAAAACUAGAAGAAAUUCAUACACUAGACGAGCCAUUCUUAAAUGUAAACUGCGCUCAUUUGGAAACAUUCGAUGCUAAUUUAUAUAGACAGUUAGUGUGUUAUCCACAAGAAGUAAUACCAACCUUUGACAUGUGCGUUAACGAAAUGUUUUAUGAAAGAUAUCCAGCUGCUGUUUUAGAACACCAAAUUCAAGUUAGACCUUUCAAUGCAGAGAAAACAAAGAACAUGAGAGCUUUAAAUCCCGAAGAUAUUGAUCAGUUAAUUACAAUUAGUGGCAUGGUCAUUAGGUCAUCAAACAUAAUGCCAGAAAUGAGAGAAGCUUUCUUUAAAUGCAUUGUGUGUCAAUUUACAUCAACUGUAGAAAUUGAUCGAGGCCGCAUCACCGAACCAACGUUAUGUUCCAGCUGUAACACCAAUCACACCUUUACUCUUGUCCAUAACAGAUCACAGUUUACUGAUAAGCAGAUGAUCAAAUUACAAGAAUCUCCAGACGAUAUGCCUGCUGGUCAAACUCCGCAUACCGUGGUUCUCUUUGCUCACAACGAUUUGGUAGAUGCCGUCCAACCUGGUGACAGAGUUACUGUUACUGGAAUAUACAGGGCACAACCCUUGCAAAUAAAUCCCAGACAAAGAAACAUACGCUCAGUAUAUAAGACGCACAUAGACGUGUUACAUUUCCGUAAAAUUGAUCAAAGAAGAUUGUAUGAGGAAGAAGAUGGGAAAGAUCGCCGUUUUACACCCGAAAGAGUUGAACUUUUAAAUAUUUUGUCGCAAAAACCUGAUAUAUAUGAUAGACUUUCAAGAGCUAUUGCUCCUUCUAUUUACGAAAACCAAGAUGUCAAAAAGGGUAUUCUUCUGCAACUAUUUGGAGGUACAAAGAAAACCUUUGUUACUUCGGGCAGAACCAAUUUCAGAGCUGAGAUUAAUAUUUUACUGUGUGGUGAUCCAGGUACAUCAAAAUCUCAACUUCUUCAAUAUGUCUAUAAUUUGGUACCAAGAAGCCAAUAUACUUCAGGCAAGGGCUCUUCAGCUGUGGGUUUAACAGCUUAUGUAACCAAAGAUACAGAGACCAAACAACUUGUACUACAAACAGGUGCGCUAGUAUUGGCGGAUAAUGGAAUUUGUUGCAUAGACGAAUUUGACAAGAUGAGUGAUUCAGCUCGAAGUGUACUUCAUGAGGUAAUGGAACAACAAACCCUUAGUAUUGCAAAAGCUGGUAUUAUUUGUCAGUUAAAUGCAAGAACUUCAAUUUUAGCUGGUGCCAAUCCAAGUGAAUCUCAAUGGAAUAAACAUAAGACAAUCAUUGAAAACGUUCAAUUACCACAUACUCUUUUAUCUAGAUUCGAUCUAAUAUUUUUGAUUCUGGAUCCACAAAAUGAGAUUUUCGACAGACGAUUAGCUCGGCAUUUAGUAUCACUUUACUACAAAACACGAGAUCAGGAGGACGAUGAAGUUUUGGAUAUGUCAAUAUUAAGAGAUUACAUAUCUUAUGCCAAAGAACAUAUUAAUCCCAAACUAAGUGAUGAAGCCUCCCAAAAGUUAAUUCAGUGCUACGUAGAUAUGAGAAAAAUUGGUUCUGGUAGAGGCCAGAUAUCGGCAUAUCCGAGACAAUUGGAGUCAUUGAUCCGCCUUUCAGAAGCUCACGCUAAGGUCAGAUUUUCUGAAAAAGUAGAAGUGGAAGAUGUUGAAGAAGCUGACAGGUUACAUCGUGAAGCUCUUAAACAAUCUGCAACAGAUCCUCUCUCGGGUAAAAUCGAUGUUGGUAUUCUUACAACUGGUUUAAGCAGUGCUGCUAGAAAACGUAGACUUGAAUUAGCACAAACCGUUAAGGAACUCAUUGAAAGUAAAGGGCAGGUACCUACAUACAGUUAUCCUAAGCUGUUUACAGAAUUAAAAGAGAAUUCUACUUUGAUGAUAACUAGAGAACAGUAUGAAGAUGCCCUUAAAGACCUUCAAGAUGAUGGAGUGAUUGUUGUCAUGGGCAAAACGUUAAUACGAAUAUGCCGAAAUAGAGACUAAGAACUAAAUCCAAAAAAGUUUUACAAUUUUUUUAUUUAAUAUACUAUAGUUUUAGAUUUUUUAUAAUUUUAAUAAUGUAGAAGUUGUAAUAAAUAUUUUUUUCUA